AUGGCACCUCCAAUUAAAUACAAAACCCAUACAGCUAAACUACAAGCUGAGAGGGCCAAGCACCGUCGCUACUACAAAAAGUGCCGUGAUGCUAUUUUGGCGAAACGCAGGCAGUUACGCAAAGACAGGAACACCCAUGACGAUGAUAAUAACCAUUCAGAUGACGAUGACAAACCAAUGCAGUUAUGCAAAGACAGGAACACCUGUGACGAUGAUAAUAACCAUUCAGACGACAACAACAAACCAAUCCACACACUGUCUGAUUGCAUUGCCGUGGUUAAACUCGCCAAGGAUGACUUCAUGCAGCACAUCAAAUCUCCGCAAACGUUCAUUAUCGGUGUCUUAGCUAAAUACACCAAGUCCAUCCCAGACACUCCUAUUUCCUUGACAGGGCCAGUCGAGGGCAAGAUGGUAUUCUGCAACUAUGUGGAGUUAAUGACGAGUGGCGCGCAGCAGAUCAAUGACGGCGAUUCUGGGUUAGCAGAAGCUCAUUCCCAGGGAGAGUUGUUGUACCAGAACUACAAAGAUCAGUAG